UCGCGGGCGCUAGUAGCAAAAAAGCUGAUUCGAAAAGAUGAAAAGAAAAUGUUUUGAACUAGAAAAAAUAAAAUCUGUACUGUGAUCGAGGACAUUAUUAUAAGCUGGUCGUAGAUUUAAUAACAUGGAUGAUUAUGGUGCAGAAAAUGGCUGGGAAGAGGCUGCACCUCUUAGUCCAACAGACGAAAGGCGAGACCAUGAUACAUCGUUUCAGGACUUGGAGCAUAUAUUUGCCACCAAGGAUUUUGUCAUGGAGCCUGAUGUGUUUUCCCACAUCAGAAGGUACCUAUUAAAUGCUGGAUCUCAUGAAGAGCUUAUCAAGCUUUUAUCAGAAAAUUACAGAGGGAUUGCACAGAGUGCAAAUCUUUUAGCCAACUGGUUAAUUCUUACAGGUGCUGAUGUGCAUGAGGUGGAGCAAAUGGUAGAAGAUCACCUUAAGAUGCUAAUUAUCAAGCAUUUUGAUCCAAAAAGAGCAGAUUCUAUUUUUACUGAGGCAGGAGAGACCCCACCAUGGCUAGAAAGUAUGAUUGUUCAUCCCACAUGGAGAUCAAUGUUUUAUAAAUUGGCUGAACAAUAUCCUGACUGUCUUAUGCUUAACUUUACUAUCAAGCUCAUAUCUGAUGCUGGAUAUCAAGGAGAAAUCACCAGUGUUUCUACAGCUUGCCAUCAAAUAGAAGUAUUCUCAAGGGUUCUAAAGACAUCAGUUAAUGGAUUUAUUGAGGAAGGAGAAAUGGCUAUGGAAACAAAUAUGCCUGAAUUUGCAAAAAUGGUAAACCAUGGUCAGCACACAUACUUGUAUGCACAAUGUCUGUUGAAUGCUGUAGCACAGGAAGAGCGUGGAGGGAUAAUGGUGAAAAGAAUUUGCCAAGAAGUAAGAAAGAAGGCAAUUGAAAGUGGUCGAGAUGUUACACAGAUUACAUUAUGUCUCAAUGGAGCUCCUUCAUUCCCAAGAGUGUGUUCAGCUCUUUCAUCAAUGUUGGGGAAGAAUACUCUUAAUCCUGGCGACAUCACGGUGUUAUACAAGCUUUACAACAAUGAGCAACCCCCUCCUUGUGAACUCUUAAGAAUCCCACAAUUUCUAGAUCUUCUAAUUGAUGCACUCUUUAAACCAAACCAGCAAAUCAACAGAGAGCACAAGUUUAAAUACAUUUAUUUACUUGCCUAUGCUGUAUGUGUUCAUGAAACAUGGCAGGAGAAUGAAAGAGUGUCACUGAACAUAGAUGAGCUAAAGGCAACAUCACAGGCAAUAGAUAAAGUGCAUAACAUGUGUAUGCAAGAAAGCAGUGGUUCGUCUCACUUAUCCUCUGAAGUGGGCACUCUCUUCCAGUGCAUUCGAUAUCCAGUAGUUGCUAUGGGAAUACUAAAGUGGGUCGACUGCACUGUUAAUGAUCCAUCAUUCUUCAAGCUUAUGACAGACUCAACCCCAGUUCAUCUAUCCAUGCUUGAUGAGCUCGUCACUUGCCAUCCUCCACAGCAUCGUUUGGUGCUUAAUUUAUUGAUUCGUUUAUUUGAGUCUCCAACCCCUUUGGAUACUCUAGUUGAGCUUGAGUUCAAGAAGACAGUCCUUGAUCGAAUGGUACACAUGCUUAGCCGUGGUUACGUCAUUUCUGUAUUAAGCUACAUACACAAGUGCAUGAAAGGACAAAUCGUAGACAACUCCCUCAUUAGGCAUUUUGUCACAGAGGUACUUGAAAUGAUUGCCCCGCCGUAUUCACCUGAAUUUGUUCAGCUUUUCUUACCAAUCGUCCAAAAUAAGGAAAUCACAGGAAAGCUAAGGAAAAACAAAGGCUCUGAUGACGUGUCAUCUUUUAUUGCUCACUGUUCAGCAAGAGAUACAACAUAAUCAUUUUUAUCCAACGCCAUAGAAAAUACAUCCAAUCAGUUGUAUAUAGUCUACACCGUUGUAUAUGGUGUGGGGUAAAAUAGAUGUGCAGUGCCUUCUCGUCAGUAGCACACCAUUUAAUAUCCCAACAUGGAAAAUUCCAUGUAGAUACACUAGUAUAUCGCAUAUUCGAUAGAGGGAAAAAACGAAAGAAAAAGUAUUUUAUAAAGAAUGUAAAUAGGGCAAGUUAUAGAAAAAGUUAUCGAGGAGCUGAUGUGCAAACAAAAAAUAUAUGCGACAGUGUUGCCUCAUAAAAUUAUUUAAAAGGACUUCGAUAUGUAAACAAAUGUAUUUAGACAAUAAAAGUGUUCAAAUAAAUUCAUUAUUAGUUU